AUGUUUGUGAAAAUUGUGUGCCUUUUGUCGACAUUAGCGGCGAUCAGUUGUACCCAUUCGGAUGGCGGACACUCUACCUCUUUCAGAGAGCAGGACAAUCAUGGAAAUUACAAGUUUGGUUACAAUAUAAAGGACAAACACGGGGCUGAGAAUUCACGGGAGGAGAAGGGAGACGGCCAUGGUGGUGUGCACGGCUCAUACACCUUACACGACGGUCACGGCAAACGUGUUGUCCACUACGUGGCCGACAAGAGUGGCUUCAGAGCUAAGAUCCAGACCAAUGAGGCCGGAACUAGCCAUGAAGACGCCGCCGAUGCUAUCUAUAAUGGAUUGGAUGAUCACAAGGGAAACUAUGGCAAUGAUUAUAGCAAUCAACAGAAUCACGACAACAAUAAUGGCCACAACUACAAGACUAACCAUAAUAAUUAUGACAAUCACGACAGUUAUGAUGGCGAUAGUUAUGGCAGUUCCCACUAUUAUGAUUGA